UUUCCGUGAAAAGAAGUGCGCAUCCUCGCUCGACAAACAGACUAUCAUGAGCGGCAACUUGGACUCGAUGUCCUGUGCCCUGUGGGGUCGUGGUGCGGCGCCACAAAACGAGCUGGGACUGUUCUUCGCUCUGGUCAACCUGGUGAUUCACCUGCCUUUUACUGACCUGCCCAUACUCCGGGACUACGAGCUGGGAGAGCUGCAAAAGCAAUACGACUACGUCAUCGUGGGCGGUGGUUCUGCUGGAUGCGUGAUCGCCAACCGGCUGUCAGCAAACCCCAACGUCACGGUGCUGCUUCUCGAAGCCGGAGGACUGGAGACGGCAUCCCGGCAGAUACCGGGAGCGGCUCCCUUCAACCUAAGAGGACACGACGACUGGGAUUACCACAGCGUUCCACAGAGCAACGCCGCUCUCUCCUUCCGCGGACAGCGACUGCCACUCCCACGCGGCAAGGUACUCGGCGGCAGCAGCGUGCUCAACUUCCUGAUCUACAUGCGGGGUAAUCCCAAGGACUACGACCGAUGGGUGCGAGAGUACGGCGCCACUGGCUGGGGAUACGAAGACGUGCUCCCACAUUUCAAGGAGAUCGAGGACUACCGUGCCGGACCACUGGACGAGUACCACGCAAGCGGAGGUGAGGUACCAGUGGACUAUGCGAACACCAGCACGCUACUCAGCGAUCUCCUUCUCAAGGCUUGCAACCAGUCCGGUUAUCGCUAUGUGGACUACAAUGGACCAACGCAGUCAGGCUGCUCUCGUGCGCAAGCCAACGUGGGAAACGGCGAGCGCUUUAGUUCGAGCAAGGCCUUCAUCCAGCCCAUCGUCGGAGUGAGGAAAAACCUACACGUGGCCUUAUUCAGCCAAGUCACAAAGGUGAACUUCCAAAAAAGGCGAGCCGUGGGCGUAGCCUUCACAAGGUACGGCAAGCCUCAGAAUGUGUCGGCUGGGCGAGAGGUGAUACUGUCAGCGGGAACCGUGGGAUCCGCCCAGCUCCUGUUGCUCUCCGGGGUGGGGCCCAAGAAGCAGCUGGAGAGUUUGCAGAUUCCAGUGAUUGCUGACCUUCCAGUCGGGCGCAAUCUACAAGACCAUUUGGUACUUCAGAUGGCCCCUCCCGUCAGUACGAACGUGGACGCUGGUAUCCCGCCUUUCAGCUUGGAUGAUAUCCAGCAGUAUAACUGGAACAAAAGUGGCACGAUCGCAAUACCGGCUAGCACCGAGUUCGUGCAGUUCCUGCACACGGACCAUGCGACGGACGGCGACAUUCCAGACAUCGAAAUAGCCCCGGCUUCGACCUCGCCGGCCAGUCAGCUGUUCAAGUCCGCAAUGGUGGAGCUGGGCCUGUUACCAGAGGCUUUUGACCGCAUAAUUGGACCUACGGACGGAAGGCUCGGCUUUCGUAGCGUAGUCAUCCUCAACCGGCCAAAGUCAAGGGGCGCCAUCACGCUUCGAUCUGCUGACCCUUACGACUACCCGGAUAUCGACCCAAGAAUUCUUCAUCACCCUGAUGACGUUAAGAGGGCCGCUAAAGGCACGAUAAAGUUCAUCCGCGAGGUGCUGGGCACGAAGGCCAUGCAGAGCAUCGGUGCCAAGCCGUGGAACGUUACCUUUCCUCCGUGUGCUAAGGCGGGAGCCUUGUGGAGCCAGAAAUACACCGAGUGCCUGUUCCGCCACGCCGCGCAUACUAUAUGGCACCUCUGCUGCACAGUGGCUAUGGGAUCGCACUCGGAAGCUGUCCUAGACGAACGACUCCGGGUCCGAGGCAACGUGACGAAUCUCCGAGUGGCCGACGCUUCUGUGAUGCCCGACAUUGCGAGCGGUCACACAAAUGCGGUGGCAAUGAUGAUCGGCAGCAAGGCGGCCGCUAUGAUCAUAGAGGACAAUAAAGGACCACAAUGCCAUUAUGUGUGACUUGCAAGACUCCCGGUAGCGUU